AGAGUCCCUCCCGACCAGGACUAACAACAGCACCAGGACCCGGUUUUAUCUCCAGCUCCUCAUGCUUUGUGUCAACAACAGACCUUCUGCUGACCAACGGCGGCAAGAUGUACCACUCUGACCACGGUGUUGACUUCCCUGACCUCUCCUUCCAGGUCCCUGGCAGCCCUGCAGAGCUGGGCCCAGUGACCAGAGUGUGAACAAAACCCUCAACCAAACAGCUCCUCCACCCUCCCCUCCACCCACACAGGGCCUCCCCUCUGCUCCAGCCCCAGCCUCCCUCCUCCUGGACCAUGGACAGCCCUCCUAAGCUGUCCGGCGAGACGCUGAUCGUGCACCACAUCCCGCUGGUGCACUGCCAGGUGUCGGGCGGGAGAAAAGGUGGCUGCGGGGUCUCCUCGCUGAAGAGGAGCAACCCCUUCAGCCUUCCGGAGAACCUGGGCUUGAGUCGCACCACUUCCCUCCCAGAGAGGGACGUCCUCCAGAGGGAGGCUCUGCUCUACAGCAGCUUGAUCCAGACCUCCAGCGGCUCCUGGGCCUCCCAUAACAAGGGCCGAGAGAGGAAGGCUGGAGGAAGAGGAGGCAGCACGGCAAGCGACGAUUCGUCCUUCACCUCGAGUAACUCGGAGGACCAGCUGAUCACAGCUCACACAUUACCCCGGGCCAAACCCAGGAGCAGGAACCCGCUGCGUCAUAAUCCAUUCCUGCUGAACACCGAAGACGAGGAUGAAGAAGAAGAGGACGAGGGUGACAACCUCAGCGGUUACCUUGAAGACUCGUCCUUUCACCUGCACAGUGACACUGGCUCCGCCCUCGACCACGGGAUGGCUCCCUUCCACCUCCACGACCUGGGCUUUGCCUCGGAGCCCUUUCUGCUGCACCGGUCAGUGGGUGGGAGCAGCAGGGAGUCCCUCAGGGCAGUGGCCUCGGACCUCUCCACCCACCUGGAGGACCUGGACAUCCUGGGACUGGACAGCCAGCUGCGCCACGGCAGCAGCGGCUCCAACAUGUCCAUGGACUGCGGAGAGCACGACUGGGGCGACGACGACGACGGAGAAGACGAAGAUCACCCGAUGAGGUGUGGGCGGAGCUCCUCCAGCUCCUCCACCCAGCACUGCUCCUGCUGCGUGCUCUCCCAGAACUACUCCCAGCACUACCCCGAGGCCUUCUCGGAGCCCUUCUCAGAGUGUCAGCAGGGCUACGGCAGCGACUCGUCCUGCAACAGCUCCGACGGCGUGCUCGUCAACUUCAGCGCCAUUUACAACAAGAUGAACAACAGCAUCCCGGAGAAGCCGGCGCUCUCCGGACACACCAACCUCAACAGCUCCACCGACCACUCCUGCACCUCGUCUGUUUCUGACCCACCAGGAACCCAGCGGGACUCGACCGGCGGGGCGUUCUACCUGGACCUCCACACCUCGCCCACUGAGCCUCCUCUGUCUCAGCAGCAGCCCUCCUGCCUCAGCAGCGCCUUCCCUCUCCUCCGUGAGCCGCUCCUCUCCACCUCCUCCACCUGCUCCUGCGCCGUGGAGCACCAGGGGGCUCUGGACCUGGACGCCAACUGCAACUCCUUCCACCCUCCACACUCCGGCUCGUCCGGAGACCUGGCUUCCUGUCUGCAGAGUCAGGCGCGGCUGGUCGUCGCCACACAGAACUACUACAAGCUGGUGACCUGCGACCUGUCGUCCCAGUCGUCCCCGAGUCCCGCCGGCUCCUCCGUCAACAGCUGCUCCGACGAGCACAGCAAAGGCAGCCCCACCCCCACCCAGCCCAACGAGUACUUCCUGUUCAGGCAGAGGGCUGCAGAGGAGGGUGUGGAGGAGGAAGACGAAGAUGGAGAGUCGUCUAGGCGAGAAGACCAUGAUGAUGAUGAUAAUGAAGAAGAGGAGGAGGAGGAGGAGCAGGAGAAGAAGAAGGAUCAUCAGGCAGCUGUUGGGUCCGAGGCGGCUCCUGCUGUGAUCGAGGGUCAGGUGUACGUCAACGUGUCCCCUCCGGUGGCCGGCCGCGGCGUCAUCGGAGCCCCGACAGGAAGUCGUCCUCGCUCCCGCAGCUACGACCGAAACCUGGACAAGUCUCCGCCCCCGCGGCUCGGCUCCCUGGAGCGCAUGCUGAGCUGCCCCGUACGGCUCAGCGAGGGCGCCGCCUCCACGCCGACCCCGCCUCCUCCUCCGCGCGUCACCUCCUUCGCAGAGAUCGCCAGAAGCAAACGCAGAAACGGAGGUUCGGGGGGGUCGCCGUCACUGAAGUCGGCGGCGGACCCUUUCUCCUCCACCUACUCCACCCACUCCCACUCCUCUGUGGAUUUCUCUCCCAUCCUGGAGCAGCACGUGGAGGCCGACAGUCACGGCCUGUCGCCUGUCCCCUUCACCAGGUGUUACAGUCAGGGCAGCAUGGAGAGACACCUGGAGGGGCCCAGGGAGGCCAGAGCCAAGGCCGAAGGUGGUCUCUCCAGCUCCUCAGACAGCCGCCCGGCGGUGGUGCGCUACAGUAAAGACCAGCGGCCCACCACCCUGCCCAUCCAGCCCUUCACCUUCCACCACCAGUUCGCCUCCAAACCCCCGCAGCCGAAGCCUCUGCUGCCCCUGCUAACAGGCUACGUCUCUGGGAUGCAGGCCCGCUCCAGCUCCGGCUCCGGUUCUGGUUCUGGCUCUGGCUCUGGAGGUCCGGUGGGGGAGGACGGUGAGGAUGCAGCUGAGAAUGUGCACAGGUACCAGGGGUCUCUGGCUGCAGCAGCCCCUCCCCCCGGGUCAGUGCGACCCUCUCCUCUUGGGAGCUACUCCCCGGUGCGGCUGCAGGGCGUGGCCAGCUCCGGGACCUGCUCCACCUGCACCCCGAGCCCUCAGCCGCCACACAGCCUGUCCUGCCCGCUGUCAGCCGGCCUGCACACCCCCCCAUCGUCAGGGAAACCAGGAGGGGGCUCAGCGCCGUUACCGGCCACCCCGCCCCCUCCGUCCCUGGGGGCCAAGAGAGGGACGGUGCCUCCGAUGCUGCCGCCGGUGCAGGGACACUGCUUCCAUCGUGGAGCUCUGCCCAAUUUACCAGCAGUCCACAGUGACUCUCUGAGCCCGCUGGGCUGCCUGGACUCUGGAAAACAUGUGGAAGGAAACAAAGGUCAUGGAGCCAGGACACAUAAUGCACACCACCUCUCCCCCCAGGCUCUCAAAUGGAGGGAGUACCGCCGUAGAAACCCUCUGGGGUUGGAGAGGGUCUCGGGGGGCCACUCCUCUUCAGGAUCGGGCUCCCUGUCUGGUAGCCUGGAGCCCAGAAGGGCCAGUGGACCGCGACCUCCCAGACGCAACGUGUUCGAUUUCCCUUCGGCGCCCUCCGUCCACGCGCUGGGACGCCUCAAUGCAGUUGGCCAAUCAGCGAAGCUCCAGCAGAUCUACAGUGACUUCCUGCCGGACUACUUCUCUCUGACCGAGAAACCUCCAGAGGAGUUCUGUCUCUCCCCCGACGCCUCGUCUUCCUCCUCCUCCUGCUCCUACUCACAGCCACACAUCUCUGUGGACCUGACGCAGAAGAGAGGUUUGGUGAAAGCCGUCAACACUGCAGUGGAUCUGAUCGUGGCACACUUUGGCACCAGUCGAGACCCAGAUGUGAAGGCGAAGCUGGGGAACAGCUGGGUGAGUCCCAACGUGGGCCACCUCAUCCUGAAGUACCUGUGUCCGGCCCUGCACGAGGUGCUGCAGGACGGCCUGAAGGCCUACGUUCUGGACCUGAUCAUCGGACAGAGACGCUGUCAGCCCUGGAGCCUGGUGGAGGCCUCCACACAGCUGGGUCCGUCCACACGUGUCCUCCACAGCCUGUUCUCUAAGGUGAGCCAGUUCUCUGAGCUCACCAGCCACAACAUGAGACUCAACGCCUUCAUCUUCGGCCUGCUAAACCUAAAAUCUUUGGAAUUCUGGUUCAAUCACCUUUACACACAUGAAGAUAUCAUAGCAGCUCACUACAACCCGUGGGGUUUCCUGCCCCUGUCCCAAGGGGCGUGCCAGCCUCUCUUUGAGGAGCUGCUCCUCCUGCUGCAGCCUCUGUCUCUGCUCCCGUUUGACCUGGACCUGCUGUUUGAGCCGCACCUCCUCCAGAGGGGCCAGGAGCACCUCCGCCGCAAGGAGCAGCUGUGCUCCGCAGGCCAGAGCGUGGACCAGUCCACCCGCUCCACCUUCCAGCUGAUGAGGGGGUGGAGCACCACGGUGAGCGACAUGGUCAGAGACUCCAGCGGCGAGGUGAAGAAAGAGAGAGCGGCGCUGAGGAGAGAGGGCACGUGGCCGAGGAUGGAAGGAGUCGGGGCGAGGAGAGAAGGAGCAGGAGGCAAGGAGAGGUUGAGGAGCGAAGGAGAAACAUGUGAGAGUCUGACAGACAUGGAAGGAGGGUUCUCCCACCUGUGGAAGCAGAGAGGGAUGAGUGGGCAGAGGAUGAAAGGAGUCGGGCAGGAGAGCCAAGAGGAAGGAGAGGAGGGACAGGAGAAGGAGAGGAGGAAGGAGAAAGAGAGGGAUAUGGUGGAGGAGGGGCGCCAGCGGCAGGAGAGGCAGGCGGGCUGGUGGUACCAGCUGAUGCAGUCCUCUCAGGUCUACAUCGACCAGUCCGCCCAGGGGUCAAAGUUCAUCAAGACUGAGAAACGCAAGAAGUCCUCAGAGAGAAGACAGAAGCACCUCCCUCCCACCAGAGAGGGAGUGGUGGAGGGGGCCGAGGCCAGCCAGGAGGGGGAGGGGGAGGGCAGCAGGAGCAGGAAGAGCAGCAGCAGCUCCAGCGGGGAGUCAGCCGGCUCCAGGGGGAGACCCUCCUGGAUGGGGAGCCCCCCAGAGUCCGUCCUCAACCAGGAGAAGGAGACCAAAGCUCCGGAGGCUGCAGGGGGCGGAGCUCCAGCUGCAGCCCAGGAGGAGAGCCCCUCACAGGGCCAGGGUCUCCGCUGGGGGAGGCUCUUUGGCUCCAGUGUUGGUUCUCCUGUCAGGGGGGAGGCAGCAGAACAGAAGGGGAGAACUCAGAAGACCAGACCUCCGUCAGGGUGGCUCUCUCUGGACCGCUCUGUUCUGGACCUGGUGGCUCAGACUAUCGGAGCAGGGAGCGGGAAGAAGGCGGAGCCUCCAGCUACACCCACUCACAGCCACUCCUCGGCCCCGCCCACUGGAGCCAGACAACAGUCUCCAUGUGAGGUCCGAGCGUUGUGUCACCACAUCGCCACGGAGCCGGGCCAGCUGAGCUUCAACAAGGGGGACGUCCUGCAGGUCCUGAACAAGGCCGAUCCAGACUGGCUGCUGUGCUCCCUGGGCUCCACCCGGGGCCUGGUCCCCAUCAUCUACGUCACCCUCAACAGCAUGGAGGAGAGCCUGGACGCUGCUGGACUCACACACUGCUGAGCCACACGCCCACACACACAUAUAUAUAUAUAUAUACACAUAUAUAUUUAUAUAUAAAUGUAUAUAUAUACACAUAUAUAAAUACAUAUGUAUAUAUAUAGGAGGAACUCGUGUGAGAUGAGGGAACUCCUGCCACACUCCUACUGAAACACAAACCUGAACUUUGGGAUGAUUCCUGAAAAAAAACCUUGUAGAAACAUGAUGAAGAUGAUGAAGAUGUAGAGGUGCAAAGGGAGCAUGCAGGCUAAACUCACUAAUCUCUUUGGAGGGUUCACCAGACGAGUCUGCAUGCAAACAUCCACCAAACCAAAAGACCAGACCAGAACCCAAAGACUCUCCGACUCGCUUCUCUGCCGGCGUGAAGCCGCGCUGCUAGCUGCUAGCUGCUAGCUGCUAGCUUAGCCACGCCACUGUCCACUCUCUAUAACACACACGCAACCAAACCACGAGGGUAUCAGCGUCUCACUCCGAUAGAUAACACGCCGCGCUGCACUCUGCUGUACAGUCUAGACGUUGACCCCUCUGUGCCACUCUGAGGGCCCCCGGCCCCCCGCGGGGCCCUUCAUGUCCUCCUGCUUACUUGGUGCCAAUUGAUCUUUUAAAUCCCUGUAGAAGCCAGUGAACCCUUGCUUAUUCUGGUAAGAUUUAAGGUGGUUGAUGUAAAAGUGAAAAUGUUUUGAUCUACGUCUGCUCCACAUGCAGAGAUUCAACAUAUUAUUAUUAUUAUUAUUACUAUUAGGAAAGUAUAAAACCACAGUUUGUCUAGAUGGCUGUUUAACAGAAAAGAAGGCAAAAGGACGAGUCUAAAUCUGUUUCCAUUCUCCAUCUGUUUUAUUUAAUAUCUGCUCAUUAAAGCCGGUUUAUAGAGAGGAAAUGAUGGACGGACCGACGGGAUAAA